UCCCUGCGUCUAGCCCAGUCUGAGCCUGGCUGACAUUGGGGCUCCUCUGCUGGAUCGUGACACUCUAGAAGAAAAGCUUAGAAACAGUAUAAAAUAGUCAAGAUUGUGACUGGUGGAACUCCAAGGAAAACUCCAAGGAUUUGUGCUGCCAGCAUGAGGAGUCGGACUGUGCUUGUGUCUGUGGCUCUGCUGGCCCUCUGCUGCCUGCUGACCCCCAGGCAAGGGGAGAGCGCCGGGGGGGUCGUUUCCCUCUUGCAGAGCAACAGAGACAAGCAAGAAGGAGAUCUGCUUCAGGAUGAGCGUCAAAGUGAGGUACGAGAGGAGAGCGCCGGCAGUGAGGUCACAGCGGAGGCAGGUUUUUUAGGCCGAGUGAAAAGAGCACCAGAGGAGGGCAAAAAGAAAAAAAAGGACAAGAAAAAGAACAAAGAGCCUAAAGACCCUUAUGCCACCAAAAGGCCCAAAAGUGACAAGAAGGGGAGAAAGAAGGACAGACAAACAACAACCACAACACUUCCACCCACCACAACAGCUCCCCCUACUGAAGCGCCGACAGAGCCCGAGCCUUACACAGACUACGCUUACCCCGACAUCGACAAUGAUUACUGGAAACCAGAUGAAGACUACUGGGAUGCUGAUCCUACUCCAUCAAAGCCAGAGUCAGAGAUCACAGAUUCUCCAUAUGAUUACUGGAAGCCAGAAGAGGAAGAUCCAGUCGCUUCAGUGACAGAAGAUUAUAAUGUUGACUGGAAACCAGUGGAGAAAGAGACAUCACCUCCAGAAACAGAUACAGAUGAAGAGUACUGGAAACCCGAAGAGAAAGAUCCAUACAAUCCGGUGACGGACACAGACGAAGAGUACUGGAAACCCGAAGAGAAAGAUCCAUACACCCCAGUGACGGACACAGAUGAAGAGUACUGGAAACCAGAAGAGAAAGAUCCAUACACCCCAGUGACGGACACAGAUGAAGAGUACUGGAAACCAGAAGACAAAGACCCAUACAAUCCGGUGACGGACACAGAUGAAGAGUACUGGAAACCAGAAGAGAAAGACCCAUACACUCCAGUGACCGACAUAGAGGAAGAAUACUGGAAACCAGAAGACAAAGACCCAUCCCCUCCAGUGACUGAUAUAGAGGAAGAGUACUGGAAACCAGAGGACGAAGACACAUCCCCUCCAGUGACUGAUGACUAUGACAUCUACUGGAAAGAAGUAGAUCCAACAUCCGCUGCCCCAAAGGUUGAUGGGAAGACUGGAACAAGUGACGGUGAUUACUGGGAUGCCACAUUCGAGGUGCCAGAAAAAGUUCCAUUCCCAGAUGGCGAAGAAGUCCACCCUGAGAUCAAAGUAGAAACUCUCACAGAAGAGCCUACACGUAAUCCACCCUUUGAGGAGACAUGGUAUGAUGAGUACGACGAAUACGGAAUGAGGAGGAAAGAAAGUGAAACUGAUGACAAAUGGAUGGAGAAAGAAAGAGAGAAAGCACGCAAAGAAAGAGAAAGAGCAGACAAGGAGAGAGCAGAGAGACUGAAGGAGGCCGAGGAGCGUGCCAGGAACAGACCACGUGUGUACAAAGAGCCAAAGAAAUGUCCCCCCCUGGGCAUGGAGUCCCAUAGGAUUGAUGCAGAUCAGCUUUCCGCUUCCUCUACGUCUCAGUAUGGCUUUGCCCCUCAGAGGGCACGCCUCAACAUGCAGGGCUCUGAUGACGAAGAUAAGGCUCAAGGUGGAGCGUGGUGCGCCAACACAGAGGACAAAGACCACUGGUUCGAGAUUGACACUCGCAGGGAGACCGAGUUCACUGCAAUCAUAACUCAGGGCCGGGACUCCCUGAAUGAGAGUGACUUUGUGACGUCAUACUUCCUGGCUUUCAGCAACGAUAGCAGAGAAUGGACCACCAUUCAUGAUGGAUACGCUGACUGGCUGUUCUUUGGAAACAGUGACAAGGACACUCCAGUCAUGAACCAGCUAGCAGAGCCGGUUGUGGCCCGUUACAUCCGAAUCAUCCCUCAGAGCUGGAAUGGUACUCUGUGUAUGAGACUGGAGAUUCUAGGCUGCCCCUUGCCUGACCCAGAUGUUGUCCAGUACAGGCAAAAUGAAGUCACUCCAGUAGAUUACCUGCAGUUUAAACAUCACAGCUACUCACAAAUGGUGGCACUAAUGAAGUCAGUGCAUGAAGAGUGUCCCAACAUCACCAGCGUCUACAGCCUGGGCCGGAGCUCCAAAGGACUGGACAUCAUGGCCAUGGUGAUAUCUGGCAACCCCGCAGAGCAUGAAAUAGGUGAGCCAGAGUUUCGCUUCACAGCAGGUCUCCAUGGUAACGAGGCUGUGGGCCGGGAAAUGAUACUGCUUCUCAUGCAGUACCUGUGUAAGGAAUACAGGGACCGCAACCCUCGAGCUCAGCGGCUGGUGGAUGGAAUUCGUAUCCACUUGGUGCCCUCACUCAACCCCGAUGGACAUGAAGAAGCGUUUGAAGCUGGCUCAGAGUUGAGUGGAUGGACCACUGGUCACUUUACCAACCUGGGAUUUGACAUUUUCCAGAACUUUCCCGAUCUCAACAGCAUCCUUUGGGAUACAGAAGAAAGGGGCAUGGUGCCCAAACUAGCCCCCAAUCACCAUAUUGCCAUUCCUGACAACUUUGUGUCCAACAGCUCGAUUGCUGUAGAAACCAGGGCCAUCAUCUCCUGGAUGGAAAGCCACCCAUUUGUGUUGGGUGCCAACUUUCAGGGUGGCGAGUCAUUUGUGGCGUAUCCUUAUGACAGUUUACGUCUCAACAAGCCUGCUGAGAAGCCGCAUAGCCGCAGGAAGAGACAGUAUGAAGAAGAGGGCUUUGAUGUGACAGAAUGGGGACAUGGAUACCGCGAGGAGCAGGAACAAGACUGGAGAGCCAGAGGUUAUCCAGAACGUGAGGAGUGGACAGGUCACGGCUACGAUCACAGCCAGAGCUACGAUCGCAGUCAUGGUUAUGAUCACGGUUACGAUCACGGUCGAGGUUACGAUCACGGUCAAGGUUACGAUCAGGGUCAUGGUUACGAUCAGGGUCAUGGUUACGAUCAGGGUCAUGGUUACGAUCAGGGUCAAGGUUAUGAUCAUGGACGUAGCUACGACCACAACCAAGGCUACGAACAUGGCUACGAUCCCAGCUACAACCAGGGUUACGGUCAUAGGGAGGAGGAAGAGGAUGACAGAGAGAGAAGCGGCAGCUACCAUUACGCUGAGAAUGAAGACGAGCAACGAGAGAUCCCAGAUGAAUCCCUCUUCAGAUGGUUAGCCGUGUCCUAUGCCUCCACACAUCUGACCAUGACACACAACUACCACGGGUCCUGCCAUGGCGACAUCACUUCAGGAGCGCAUGGCAUCAUCAAUCGAGCCAAAUGGAAGCCAGUCACCGGAAGCAUGAAUGACUUCAGCUACCUGCACACCAACUGUUUGGAGCUGUCCAUUUUCCUGGGCUGUGAUAAGUUCCCUCAUGAGAGUGAGCUUCAGCGCGAGUGGGAAAAGAACAGAGAGGCCAUGCUCAUCUUUAUGGAGCAGGUUCACCGUGGCAUUCGAGGUAUAGUAAAGGAUCAGCAAGGCAACCCUAUUGCAAACGCCACUGUGUCUGUAGAGGGGAUAAACCAUGACGUCACCACAGCGCCAACUGGUGACUACUGGCGGCUCCUAAACCCUGGCGAGUACCGUGUGACGGCAAAAGCUGACGGCUUCUCCUCACUCACCAAACUGUGCGUCGUGGGUUACCAGGCAGGGGCGACCACCUGCAGCUUCAACUUGGCCAAAUCCAACUGGGACCGCAUUAAACAGAUUCUGGCUCUCCAUGGCAACAAACCAAUCCGCCUGGUCAGCCACGGCAACACCCGAGUCCCGCCCCCCAUAGUUGUCGGUGGCAAUGGACGCGUGGUUAAUGGAAACAAUGGGAACUCACCAAAUUCACAACUAAACAAGGAACAACAAAGGAGACUCAAAAUUGCUCGUAUUCGGCGUCUUCGGCAGCAGAAGUUAAUGAGGUUAAGAUCAACGACAACGACCACCUUACCACCAACAACUACCACAAUUCCCACAACGCCAGAGAUCACCACAUCCUGGUAUGACUCAUGGCUAUUAGGGGAGGGACAAUCAUCAAUGCCCGGAGGCUUCACAGACCCCCCCGUGGAUUACAACUAUGAGUACAAGAUCGAUGACUAUUAAACCACUCACUGUACUCAUCACCAUCAUAUUCUCGAAAACUACAACAAUCCAGAAAACUAGCUCAACAAAGCAGUACCGUGUUGAUCUGGUCUGUUUACUUUCCACCACGGGUUUGAAGCCCCAAUGGUAAUGACAGCUAAGAGGUGUGACAUCAUAGCCAAUGAAUGCAACAAACGUAUCACAGUCUUCACAGCAUCCAUACAUGACAGACCUGUCUUCUUUAACUUUAAUAACUGUAUACUGUAACACUUGAAAAUAUGACUGAAAAUUAAGCAUAUUUUUCAGUUGGAUCUUUCUGACACAAUAAUAAGACUUUUUAUACAUGAAUUUUAUUGCAGAUGCACAUUAAAAAAUAUUUGU